AUGUGGCUUAACUUAAUUCUAAGUCAAGCCUACACUUUUUUCUUCCGUAAUGUGGAGGGUCAGGGAACCCAUUCCCCAAGGUGGGGAUGGAGAAUCCCCGAUAUGAAUAUUGCGGGUAUGAAUGCGGGGAUGAAGGAAAAAAGCUUAACGGGGACAGAGAUGGGAAUGGCAUACCCACCCCCGAUUCAACCCAUUGCCAUCCCUACAAGUAAGGCUUCUUUAAUAGAAAGUUACAUUAGAGACGACCAAUUUGCUAGGACAUUAAUUGUGUGGAAAUUCCGGCUUGAUUUGGGAGGCCGUGUGGGAUCUAGGAAAGACUUGUAA